UUCUUUGUCUCUAUCUCUUUCUCAUGUGCUGGUGAAGAACCCUAGAGAGUGAUUUCUCUUGUUUUCUCACUGUGUUCUCAAAGAUUCCGCGCAACAAGGCAGAUGGGUUGAGUGAAACCAGUCAACAUAUAAAAAUUUCUUAAGUUUUGCCAUAAUUUGUUUGUUCUUCGAAUCCUGUUUAUAUGGAUAGUGAUGGCAGACUUGGCGUUCAGAAUUGGCCCUGUUACCAGCAGCCCCUGAAGGGCAAUCUGGGGCUGCAGCUCAUGUCCUCAGUUGCUGAAAGGGCCACGAAGCCCUUCCUUGCCGAUGGUGGUUUCCUCAGCCGUGCGUGCGGUGUCCCUGAUCCUCCAGCUCCAUUGGAGUUCAUGAGAAAUGGAUGGAUGCACCAAACCAGGGAUCCUAAGAUGCAGCAUGUGUUCCCCAUGAACCACGGUUAUCAUGUCUUCUCUGAACACCCAGAGGCUAACGCACUCCAAAUGUUCCAGCCAUCUGGGGAGAAGAUCCCGACAGUGGAUGAGGCUGGAGUUAGAAAUGAUGCCCCUUCAAAGAAGAGGCACCUGGGCCGCACUCACAAGGCACCGAAGCAGAAGAAACCUAAGAAGGCUAAUGACACGAGGGAGGAAUUCAUGAAUGGAAUUGUACGACCAUCUCGUGGGAGGAACACAAGGAAUGCUUGUUUGGUUAUCAAUGGGGUUGACUUGGACAUUUCGGGUAUUCCAACACCUGUCUGCUCGUGCACAGGGAACCCCCAACCAUGCUAUCGGUGGGGCAUCGGUGGUUGGCAAUCGGCUUGCUGCACUACUACCAUGUCUAUGUAUCCUCUCCCCAUGAGUACAAAAAGAAGAGGCACACGCAUUGCUGGGAGGAAGAUGACCCAAGGAGCUUUUAAGAAAGUGCUGGAGAAGCUGACGGGCGAGGGGCAUGACCUUACUAAUCCAAUUGAUUUAAGGGCUUACUGGGCUAAGCAUGGUACCAACAAGUUCGUAACAAUCAGGUAAAGGUGUAGAAUGCAUAUAUGCUCUGUUAGGGUAUGCCUUCUGCAUUUGAGCGUCUUUAUUGUGUAUGUGGAUCUUUGGCAGAGGCUUUCUGGUUAGUUUUGCUGUCAUUUCUCAUCCUUUUGCAUGCAUUUUGAGGUUCUGACCUUGUUAAUUAUUGGAGAUGUUCUUCUUUUUUUCAUUCUCUUUCUAGUUGUAACUUCAGGGGGAACAGAGCUGUCAUGUUUAGAUUUAUUUUGAGUAUGAGUAGAAAGCCUUCUCGCUUUACUUUCCGCCUCAAAUUUGUCAUUGUAUUCUCUGUGCCUUGUAUAAUAUAUCCGCUAUCCACUGAUAACUUGCCAUUUCUUCAGCCUUUA